AUGGCGAGACAGGUUGACGUCGCUUAUCACUACGAGUCGUUUAACGGGAACAUUCCUCCUCGGACCGCGCCAGAUCCAGACCGGUGCCUCUUGUUGGGGAUGAACGAGGGUUCCGGGCAGUUUCCCGAUGCCGAGUUCUCGCUGGACCACCGGGCCGUCAUCGGCAAGCGGGACCGGCAGAUGAGCAAGCCUUGGAAACUCUCGCAAACCGAGGACCAGGACAGGGACUAUUUCUACUACGAGGGCUUAGGCGGCGCGGGCCAGUACGUGUACAUUGUCGAGGAUGCCGUCUGGGACAAGCACCCGGAGUUCUGA